AUGAUAGAAAUAACUACAUCAAAUCAUGUCAACGUUGACAAAGAUAUCAAAAUGUACUCAAACUUGAGUAUUCCUCCUAAUCAAUAUGCCUCUAUUCCUGUUCAAGUAAAACUACCUAACAAUAAUACUUUGUCGACUAAUUUUGCUUUAUCCGAUACAAUUUUGGAAGUCAAACGUUUCAUUUUACCAGCUUUACAACCAAAAAUAGAAAAUAUACAACAAAUAAAAUGUGUUAUGCAUGAUGAACAUAAAGUAUUUGAAACAAAUGACUAUACAGUACUAAAACAAAAAUGGAACAAUUCUCCCAUUCAAAUAUCUGUAAGUAUUAAACAUCAUGAGGACAUUGAAAAGAUAUCCAAUGAGCCCAAUGCUUCAGGCACUUCAGCACAGCUCAUAAUUCAUCCAGAGUAUGGGAAUAUACUUGAUACUAAUGCCAUGAUUCCAAAACAAGUAACAGGAUAUAAAAAUAAAAAUACCGGUAAGCUGUACAGAAAUACAAUUGUACAAACAGUAUCUGAAAAUAUUGACAUUGAUAGUCAGUACUACGAGAAUAAAAUGUCAAUAGCAAUUCAAACAAUUCAAACUAAAGAUGCAACUACUGAAUCUAUUGUUGAAUUUGGUACGCAAACUGAAUCAAUGGAUGUUCUUCGAUCAUUAAAUGUUAUAAGAGAAAUAACUCCUCGUCAAUCUGUUAUACUUCCGGAUGUAAACAGAAUAAAAGACCUUGAUAAAUAUGCUCGUGUAAUACAAAAGUCUGUACGAUUGUGGAUAUCAAGAAAGAAAUUUAAGCGCAUCUUGGAAUACUAUUAUUACAAAAAGAAAUUAACAUGUGAUGAAGAAAAAAACUUAAAAAAUAUUAUUAAGUUUGAGCAGUCACAAAAUAAAUUAAAUCUACAAUAUCCUACUAAAACUAGAGAUUUUGAAGCUCUUUAUUCUAUAAUUCAUGACCAUUAUAAAAACAUCAAAAGUUCUGAAAAAAAUAAAUCACCAAAAUGUAUAAUAAAUGAAAAUAAAGAACACUUAAAAAAAGAAUUAGAAUGCUUUAAAGAAAUAACCAAACAUCAGAAUCAAGUUAAAGAAAUAGCUAAAGAUAAAAAAAUAUUUAGACAACUAUAUAAAAUAUCUAAGCCAGUUAUCAUGACAAGAAGCAAUGGAGAAACAAUUUCCAUAAAAACUCCAGAAACGUAUCAAGCCAAACAAUUGAUGAAACUUUACUUAGACCUAAAGAAAAAUAAUCUAAGUAAAGAUGAAAGAACUAAAUUGCUUUUAAAGUUGCGAGAAACUUUAGAGCCCUUUAAAGAAAUAGAUUUAACAAAACCAAUUAUUGAUUUGUUAACUAGAGAAUUAACUAUGUUGAAUGUUAUUCAAAUAGAAGAUGAUAAAUUACAAAUUUUAAGAAAACGUAUUGAAAUAUCUUUUCAAUGGAUUUUAAAACAACCAGAAAUAAAUCCAGCAAUCACAUCAAAAAUAUUAAAACCUAUAAAUUAUAUAAAAUGCUAUAAUUGUAGGAAGUUAAAAACUUUGAACAGAUUUGUGAUGAAAGCAAACUUAACAAAAGCAACAACAUGUAAAGAUUGUAGUCAUUUGUAUAGAAUUACAAUAGACCAAAUAAUUUUAACACCCCAUGAAAAUAUAUUGCAAAAUAUUAAAAUAACUGAGGCACAACUAUGCACAAAAACUUGUUUAGCAUUUUUCUUAAAUGCAGAAGAUAUAUAUUAUCUAGUUACAGUCAUAUGGAAAGGAAAAUCAGCUAUUAGUGACUGUAAUGAUAUAAUACAAUUAAGAUUAGUGAGAUGGAAUAAAGAAUUGGAAUGGUCCCCUUCAAACACAAUAUUAUUGAGUAUUGAAGAGGCUUAUUUUCAUUCCAAGAUCCGUAAUAUAUAUAAAAUGUAUUCAUCAACAUUAAUUGAUAGCAUAAAUUUUAAACAUAUACUUGCAAAAAAAUAUUUUAAAGGUUUAAUAGAACAAGCAGAGGAAUGUGAUCGUAAUAUAAAGAGACAUAAACAUAUCAGAAACAAUUAAAUAAAAAUGUACAUAAAUCUUUCUAUAAUAGUAUAAUACAAUAAUAAUUCAUACCAUUAUUUAUUAUGUUUAUCAU